CUGGAGAAGGCACACAGCGCGUGUUCCACUGCACCAACUGCAGAGAGGCCUGAGGCCACUUACAGCCUGAAAGAUCAUCACACUGUUCCCCAACACAGCAGAAACCAUCCACGUGUUCCCUGUGUGGAGAAUUAAUCACUCAACCAGGAGAGAGUCAAGGACACCCAGGCCAUGGAGAAACUGUGGAAAUGUGUGGACUGUGGGAAAGGAUUCAAAUGUCCAUCCGAUUUGGAAAUUCAUCGCCGCAGUCACACUGGGGAGAGGCCGUUCACUUGUCCCGAGUGUGGGAAGGGAUUCACACGGUCAUCACACCUGCUGACACAUCAGCGUGUUCACACGGACAGGAGACCUUUCAAAUGUCCAAACUGCGGGAAGGUCUAUAAAAGCUCCAGGGAACUGACGCUUCACCAACAUGUUCACUCUGACGAAAGACCCUUUGUGUGCUCUCAUUGUGAGACAGGGUUCAAGCGAGCGUCUGACCUCACUGUACACCAGCGAGUUCACACCGGGGAGAGACCGUUUUCCUGCCCGGAGUGCGGGAAGAGGUUUACCACAUCGUCCAGCCUGCGGAUACACCGGCGACUUCACUCCGCAAAGCGACCGUUCACCUGCCCUGAUUGUGGAAAGGGAUUCACGAAUUCGACUGAGCUGCUGAUACACCAGCGGAUUCACACCGGGGAGAGACCGUUCUCCUGUCCCGAGUGUGGGAAAGGGUUUGCUCAGUCAUCCAUCCUGAUAAAGCACCAGCUCGUUCACACUGAGGAGAGACCUUUCAAGUGUCCGAAGUGCAGGAAAUUCUACAAAAGCUCUGCUGAACUGAUGGUCCAUCAGCGUGUUCACUCUGACGAGAGACCGUUCUCAUGCUCUCACUGCGGCACUGGGUUCAAGCGAGCGUCUGACCUCACUGUCCACCAGCGGGUUCACACCGGGGAGAGGCCGUUCUCCUGCUCGCAGUGCGGGAAGAGGUUUACUACUUCAUCCAACCUGCUGACGCACCAGCGGCUCCACUCGGUGAACAGACCAUUCACCUGCUCCGAGUGUGAAAAGGGAUUCACUAAUUCAUCCGCCCUACGCAUGCACCAGCGAGUUCACACUGGAGAGAGGCCGUUCACCUGCUCUGAAUGUGGGAAAGGAUUCACUCAGUCAGCCACCCUGCUCAGACACCAGCGGGUUCAUGUCGAUGAGAGGGAUUCUGAUUGAGACGUAUAAGAUUUUUAAAGGAUUGGACACUCUGGAGGCAGGAAGCAUGUUUCCGCUGAUGGGUGAGUC